AUGUCACAAAGAUUGACAGUUUAUCAAGGGCGUAAAUAAUAAUAUCUAACAAUGUCACCAUAAAGAGGUUACAUAUAUUAAUAUUUUAAUUAAUGAACUUACACGUGAUAAUUGGUUUAAUAUCCAUAAAGGUAUUUGAUCUAUGUUCACCACCCAAAGACGACCCCCCAUUGCAAUUCAUUUCUAAAGAUUGGCAGUUGCUUCGCGAACUUGCUUUUAAUCAUUACAUUAACUUUACGUCACUUUGAUUACUUUAUAGAAAAAUUAUUUUUCAGUUUAUCUUGAAAUAAAAUAUUCAAUAUUUUAAUAUUCUCUCUAUAUUAAGCUCGGGAUGAUAGCUUUAUUCGUCACAAAUGGAUAAAGAUUCAACAUAGUAUAAUAAAUCAAACAUUUUAUUUAAAUUUUCCUGAUAAAUUCCAUUGAGGUUGGAAUUGAGAUCUUCGUUUAACAUGUCCUGUAAUAUCGAUAGUUUGAAGCUCUCGAUAUCUCGUAUUGAAUGUGUUGUUUGUUGCAAUCUUCCAUUCAGUGAAACUGUGUUGUUUAAUUCUUGGUUGGUAUACGUAAUUUUGUAUAAUAAUAAUUAUUGGAUUAAUUUAUAAUUAUUGAAGUAAAAUAAUUAUAAUUUAACAUAAACUGAAAUAUGCAAUGUUUGUUUCUCUUAAAAGUAUUAUAUUUCAAUGAUACUUGAAAUAUUAUUUGUACAAAGGUUAAUGAAAUAAUUUCUAAAUAUUUCAAAUUUUAUAAUUUAUAAAAGUUUCAAAAAUAAUUCAAAAGGAAUGUCUCAGAAAAAAAUAAUUAAUAAAGUACCAGGUGAUCUACCAUCUCCUUCCAGAAGAGAAAAUCAAGGAUAUAUAGAAAAUUUAGGAAGCAAACAGAAGUUUGAACUAGAGGAAUUAUUAGAAAGACAAAAUAAAAUCCUUAGUAAUAAAAUAUUUAUAUUGAAGCUGCCAGACAAAGGAAAAAAAAUCAAAUCUUUUCGUGACAAAAUAUUAAAAGAACUAGAACAUAAAAAUGAAGUUGAAAAUGCAACCAAUCUUUUGUCAAGAUUAAAUUUAGCAUCUGAAGGUAAAGCUGCUAUGAAUGAAUUAGAAUGGACAGGCAAAUAUACCGAAAUCAGAGAUACUGUCAAAGUUGUUGAACUUGAUAGUGAUGAUGAAGAAGAUCCUUUAAAAAUACUGGCUCAACCUACAGGAUAUGGUGUUCAUAAAAAGAAAAUUGUACAUUUACCACCAGAGGAAAGUUUAAUUAAGCCAGAAGAUUUAGCAGAAAUAGAAUCUUUUAAAAUAAAAGCUUCUGACCAUAUUGCAUACAUUGUUAAUAAAGUAGAAAACUCUUCAGAAAAUAAGAUUGAAAAGAAAGAACCAUUUAAGCCAUAUAAAACAACUAAGACUAAUAUACAUGAUCCAAAAAAAGAAAAACAAAGAAAGCAAAAUAAAAAUUGGGAAGUUACAGCAGCAACACCACCUCUUAUAAUUCAUGGUGCUGCAAAAAUUAUUAAUUUAAACGAAUCUCUAGAGUUACAAAAAGAACAAGCUGAUAAACUUCAUAAGAUACAAGCUAAAUACGCAGCUGAAAGACUAGCUGAACACUUUGGUGUACAUAACAUUGGUCCUCCACCUGAAAACAUAGGGACUUAUCGUCUACAAAAUGAACAAGAAUCUGAUUUUUCUACCUCGGAUGAAGAACAAAAUGAAGUACAUGAUGAUGAAGAUAAUGACAAAGCAGGGACUGUUGUUUUUACAGUAGAUAGUAUAGUAAGUUAAUUAAUUUACGUAUAUAGAUAUUUUGUAAAUGUAUGAAUACAUUGAUGAAUCUUAAUAUUAAAUUAAUGAAUUAUAAUAUUAAAAUAUAUACUUUUUAUAUACAUACUUGAGAAUUAUAUUGAGAAUAUUAUAAGGAUAUGUAGUCAUUGCAAAAUAAAAUGUUUAUGGAGCUUUAUUAUUUUUACAUUUUUUAUAUUAAUUGUAUCCAAAAUUAUUAAUAAUUGCUGUGUACGGUGCGGUAGCCUUUGCAACUGUUUGCCCAGCUUGCUUGGUAAGUUUCUGAAACAAGAAAAAGAACAUAUAAAAAUAGUUCUUGAUAUUAUUUAUACUUGCCAUAUUUUUAAAUAUACCUUGAGUUUAUCUCUCUUUUGAACUUCAAGAAUUGACCUAACACGUCUCUUGUUUUCCAAUGUACGUACAACAGCUUUAUAUUUCCAUCCAACUUCAUGAGAUAAUCUACCUACAUGACAGUACUUAAAAAAAAAAAGCAUUGCAUUAGUAUCAUAUAUUUUUAUAAAAUACAUUUAUGUACAUUUUCUUAUUAUUUACUCAGCUAAAUGUAACAUCACAAACUAUAUCAGGCGCAAAUUACCAUACCAUCAUUGUAAAAACUUAG